AUGGUGCUAAACCUGGUCAAUGCAAGCUUGGGUUCAGGCGUGCUUAGCCUUCCCUGGGCAGCUGCUGGAUCCUCGCUGCUUGUGGCAGCAGGUGUGACUCUUCUUGUUCUCUUGCUGAAUGGCGUCACGAAUGUGAUUCUGGUGGCAGCUGCCGAGCGCCAACAGAUCUUUGAUUUGGGCGGCCUGAUGGGGCGCCUUCCAGGCAAAUGGGCUCGGUUGCUCCGAUGGGCAUUUGAUGUCAGCAUUUGGUGCUCGGUCGGACUGAGCUUGCUUGGGUAUUUUGUGGUGGUCGCCGAUGCUUUUGACCCACUCGCAGAGUUCGUUGGCUUUCCACCAGCUUUGAAGAAAGAGACAUCCGUUCUUGCGGGAUCAAUGCUGGUCAUCCCCCUUUGCCUGAUGGAUCCGAAGUAUCUCGUGUUUAGUUCGAGUCUCAGUGUGGCGGCCAAUGUGUACUUGGUUCUUCUCAUAACCACCCUCUUUGCGUCCCAGUCAAACCAGCCAUCGCGCCAUUCCUUUUGCUGGCUGGGCACCGGUCCUGGCAUCAUCACAAUGGGCAGUGCGUUGAUGCAGUCUAUGAUUUUCCAGAUGUGUGCCGUUCCAAUGUAUGAGAUGUUGGAGGACCGGAGCAUUCGGCGAUUCAGCAUUUGCCUGACGGUUAGUUUCUGCUUCGUCUUCCUGCUGUUCACCAUGCUGUGCCUGAUGGGAUUAAGUCUUUAUGGGACGGGGGUGUCUUCGAACAUCUUGAACAAUCUUCCUCCAGACGGCUCGGGAGAUCUUGCACGUCUUGGAGUGGGAUUGUCAGUGAUCGCCAUUUACCCCAUCUAUCUUGAGUCGAUGGUGGCUCCACUUCGGCAUGCUGAGGAGCGUGCGUGGCGCCAUCAUCAGCCUUUGACGCUGCCCUCUCCGAGGGACUCUUCAACCUUUGAUGAUGCUAUUCCGUUGUCAACUAAUCACUAA